UCUUUUAACAAGAGUCCCUUCCUUACCGGUGUUGUCACAUAGACUCCAAUGAGUGGAAGUAAAUUCCGUUCACUAUUUAUUUAUUUAUUGUAGACUUUUAUAUUUGAUCUCUUUAUCACUAUGCUGGGCCUGUGCCUGUACGUGCCUAUUCCCUACUCCGACCCCAUCGAGGUGCAGUACUUUGAGUCCGACCGCCUGCCCACUGAGCUCAAAUCGCUCUUCAAACUCAGCGUCUUCCUGCCGUCUCAGGAGCUCUCGAAGUACCAGAAAUGGAGAAAGAAACCUCCGGGCCGAGAGGAGUCCAAGUCAAGCCAGCUUGACUUUGAGGAGUUCGUCCACUACCUCCAGGACUACGAGAAAGACCUCAAGCUGGUGGUCAAGAGUCUGGAUAAGAAACACUCAGGUGGUAUUGAUGCCAGCAUGUUGAAGCAGUCUCUUCAGGACCUGGGCGUCCACAUCUCUCAGCAGCACGCCCAGAGCGUCCUUCACAGCAUGGACAGAAAUGGGACUAUGACCAUAAGCUGGAAUGAGUGGAGUGACUACCCCGUCGUCCCAGCCACGGAGAACAUCCCAGAGAUCAUCCUCUACUGGAAGCACUCAACGAUCUUUGACGUGGGUGAGAACCUGAUGGUGCCAGAUGAGUUCUCGCUGGAGGAACGCCUGUCAGGGAUGUGGUGGAGGCACCUGGUGGCAGGGGGAGGGGCGGGCAUCGUCUCCCGCACCUGCACCGCCCCCCUGGACCGCCUCAAAGUCAUGAUGCAGGUUCAUGGUUGCCGUGCCAACAACAUGUGCAUCAUGAGCGGCUUGACCCAGAUGGUGAGAGAGGGUGGCGUGCGUUCCCUAUGGCGGGGAAAUGGUGUCAACAUAAUCAAGAUCGCCCCGGAAACUGCACUCAAGUUCAUGGCCUAUGAACAGAUCAAGCGGAUGAUCGGCAGCGACAAUGCGACUCUGACCAUUGUGGAUCGCUUCGUGGCGGGAUCAAUGGCUGGAGUUAUCGCUCAGAGCUCCAUCUACCCCAUGGAGAUGUUGAAGACGAGGCUAGCGCUGAGGAGGACGGGACAGUUCUCUGGGAUCGUGGACUGUGCUUGGCAGAUCUUCAGGAGGGAGGGGCUCGGGGCCUUCUACAGGGGCUACGUCCCCAACGUGCUGGGAAUCAUCCCCUACGCCGGCAUCGACCUCGCCGUCUACGAGACCCUCAAGAACCGCUGGCUGCAGGAGUACGGCUCCAACCGCAGCGACCCCGGUGUCCUGGUGCUGCUGGGCUGUGGCACCGUGUCCAGUACCUGUGGGCAGCUCGCCAGCUACCCCCUCGCCCUGGUCCGCACCCGCAUGCAAGCCCAAGCCACCAAGGAGGGCAGCCGGCAGUUGUCGAUGACUGGCGUCUUCAGACACAUCCUCCAAACAGAGGGACCCACUGGUCUCUACCGGGGCCUGGGGCCCAACUUCCUCAAGGUCAUCCCAGCAGUUAGCAUCAGCUAUGUGGUGUACGAGCACAUCAAGACAUCGCUGGGUGUGACCUCGCGCUGAUGCUUGACACCGCGUUGACACUUGACAUUUAGGGGGGCUUCUCCCUCUGUGAAUAUAACCCGAGACUAAAGGGACAUGAGGAGCCUCCUGAGAAGGGGGCUCCUGCUGCUAUUUCUGGUGGAAGGGAAGGAGGAUCACGGGACCAAAGGACUUCUGUCCCUUUGCCAGUCCUUUUGCCUGAAGACAUGUAUAUGUUUCUCCAUGUCAGGUUUCCCCGAGUCGGUGCUGGAAGAGGCUUUGGGUUUUACGGUUCUAGUUAGGUUUUAUCUUUCUGCAAACCGCCUUCUUCGCUCUUCACAGGAGAGAUUCGUAUUUAUUAUGUCCAUCCAGUAUUUAUAGUUUUUUUUACUUGAUCCUUUUAAAGAGUGUCUGUCUUUAAGUCAGACUGGGCUACGGGAGUUGUCUGUUUGGAAUAUUCCGACUCUGAGAGUUGUCUGUCAGUUUUGACCACUAAGUAUCUAGCCAAGUACCACCUUGGAAAUCCUUUUUAAUUUUUCUUUAAUAAGCAGCACAAACCUCUGGAUCUGCUGCCUCAGAUGAUCUGAUCUGUUCCUGGUCCAAAGUGAUGUCUUGUCUUGUCAUAGUAAUGUUUUAAAAAUGAAUACUGAUGAUGAAGAAUGUAUGAGCGACAUUAUGCACUUUUAUCAAAAAUUGUGAACUAAAGAAUCAGUUAACUUCUUUUGUAAAGAACGAUUGAAAGGAUUAUUUUUUUAUGGACUUUUUUUAAUUAAAAUAAAUGCUAUUUCUUGUAAAACUGC